AUGGCUGUGGGAACCAGAUGGUUCAUUCUGAGCAGGAAACUUUCAGGACUGCCUCCGCAGCGUCCUCGCCUCGAGGCGCUGCGAGCGCUGCUCCAGUCUGAAACCCCGGCUUUUGAGUUAGCUACCGAUGUGCCUGCUCAAGCAAGCGACCAGCUCGAGUGCUCCAAGCCUCACCGCGUCGACGCAUACGCAGUGCAGAAAAAGCCUGAAUGGCUGCAGGUGCGUCCUGCUGGUGACCACAAGUCCGUGGCUGAGUACAGGCGGCUCUACCGUGCAGUGCGUGACUUGAACUUGCACACCGUAUGUGAGGAGGCCCGGUGUCCUAACAUUGGCGAGUGUUGGGGCGGUGGAACUGCGACAAUAAUGCUUAUGGGAGACACUUGUACCCGAGGUUGUCGAUUUUGCAGCAUUAAAACUUCUCGAAGCCCGCCACCACUCGACCCAGCCGAACCGGAGAAUGUGAGCUCUACUAUUUCUCGAUGGGGUCUCCGCUACGUUGUUCUCACGAGCGUCGAUAGAGACGACCUUACUGACGGGGGCGCUGCGCACAUUGCCUCAACCGUGAAGCUUUUGAAACAGAGAGUGCCUUCUAUUUUGGUGGAGACGCUUACUCCGGAUUUCGGCGGGUCUACGUCGGCUGUUCACACGGUCGUUGAGUCCGGAGUCGAUGUUUUCGCGCAUAACAUUGAGACUGUUGAGCGACUUCAACAUGUUGUUCGUGACCGGAGAGCCGGUUACAAGCAGAGCCUGUAUGUUCUGGAACAAGCCAAGGCGCAUCCACAGCGUGGCAAGGAGAUAGUGACCAAGUCCAGCAUCAUGCUGGGCGUCGGAGAGACCCGAGCAGAAGUCAAGCAGAGUAUGAUGGAUCUUUUAAAUGCUGGGGUCCAGAUUCUUACAUUGGGACAAUAUCUGCGACCGUCUCGAAAAAAUAUGAAAGUUGAAGAAUGGAUUCAUCCUGAUGAAUUCGAGGAAUGGAAACACGAAGGUGAGAAACUCGGCUUUCUUUACGUAGCAUCGGGCCCACUUGUCCGUUCUUCGUAUAGAGCAGGUGAAUUUUUCAUAGAGUCUUUGUUCCGGAAAGAGCACAAACAAAGCGCCUCCAGGGGAAGCACCUCCUGGGAGAAAAAUAUUGGGUCAGGCACAGUUGCUGAGGCGGAACGACAGUAUCAAGAGAAUUUAUCGCAGAGACCCUCACCUGUCGCCUAG